AUCAGCCUUCUCUACAGUAAGACAGUACUUUCCACAAAGUUGUUGGUCCUGUGCAUUAAAGAAACGGAGUAUAUUUGAUGCAUUUUGCACUUUUUUGCAUGCUGUUUUUGCUCUGAAGGUGAAACCUGAUGUAAUGCUCUCAGGUUUCUAGUGUGACAUUCAGAGGAAAUCUAACACCUUUUGUUUUUGUCCUCACCUCUCCGGUGGGCUUUUAUCUCGGUAUGACUGCAUUUGACCAAAGCGGCUCCAACCCGAAGACAAAGGCGACUCUGUUGCCCCCUGACCAUGCAGGUGCUGAUUCAGCCCUGCACCAACAUACCUAUCACAGCCUGGGCUGCUGCCUCCGUAGUAACAUCUUUCCAGGAAUCUCUCCAGAAUGGAAGUCCUUGAGCAGGGACUCGUACGUCAGACACCCCCUAACUACGUGGCCUGCUGACCCUUAUCGGUGGUACGGCCACAGGACGGAUGAAUUGGUUCAGUGGACAGAGAAAAACAUUUUGGACCAGAAGCUGAAGAAGUUGCUGACGGAAAGGGAACAAAAAAGAAGUACAAAAUGAGGUCCUUUUUCCUACUUCGAUGGAGCAGCAUCUUGGGGAUUCACAUCUGUUGCGUGUUCCUGAAACAACAUCUGUGUGUCUGUUAAAGGGAAAAGUAGGAGAGUGGGGAGAAUGAAUUAAAGGAUUUCAGCAGGCUCAAGUUUUUGUGUGUUUUUGGUGAUUUUACAUCAGAUUAUCAAACAUUUAUGUUUGUAAAAACUGAAAUAAUCUCUCAAUUGAAUCUAUUUACUGAUCGCAAAUCAUUUUCUGGCUAAAUCAAACCGCUAGAGAAAAAGCCAGUCCCUUCUAUGUCACAAAGUCAAAACUAGCAUUCACGGACUCCACCAUCUUGGCAAACGGAGACUGUCAGUGUUUCUCAAUGUCAAAGCGCCUGGCCUUGCGAGGCGAUGUCUUGCGAAGCCAGGCUCCUUGCUUACGAGGACACUGUCCUUCCUUGGUCAAAGAAAACGGUUAAAUGGAACAGACUUGCAUCACGUGACCGCGGCUUCCACAGCGGUCACGUAAAGUCACGUGACACGGGAGACGUUAUAUUUUAUACGUAUUAGUUUCAAUAUGAAUAUAUAACAAGCCUUUUGCUUUUUAAAUUGUGUAGAUGUUUAUUAAAUUAAAAAUAUAAGCGAGUUACUACCCACUAGCCACCAAAGCUGCAACUAUUAAGCAACUAACCAACAAUAGAUAACUUCUUUGGAUCUAAAAAAAAAACAUUUUAAAUUAGCUGACUUACAGUUAAACUUGAAAAUUGUCCCCGAAGUAGCUACCGUCUUCUGAUCCUCCGUCCUUUUUGAAAAUACUGCGGUGUAUUGUGGGUAAUUUUUGACCAAGGCUAGGCUACAAGACACCUCCCGUGUAUCCUCGCUCAGCUAGCUAAACGGCUAACAAACGGAGAGCACGCCUCGGUAGAACAUGAACAUUGGAACACGUCUUGGCGGCUCCCAAUGACGUAUCUCCUAGGCAACAGGGGCGGGGCCAAGACAUCAAGGCGAGGUUCCUUGGCAUUGAGAAACACCCUGUGAAUGUGGUGAGGUGGUCUGGUCCAAAAUGUCCAGGCCAAUUUUUCUAUCCCAGUCCUUGGACGAGACCGUUCACUCACCUUAACUGCUUAACUGCUUGUGGUAGUCUGAGGGACUGGUGGUCAGUGCACCUCAUGGCAGCUGUAGUUACAAUAAAGUUCAUCACCACCAGUGUGUAAAUGGGGGAAUGACUGUGUGGCAAGGUGGAGAAACGAAUGCCCGGGCGGGAUUUGAUCCCCAGACUCCCGGGUGAGAGUCAUAUGCGAACCAGUCAGCCAAAGGGACAUCCCCUUGGCCAAGUAGCCAGGGCGCAUGAUCAAUCGGGACACUGACAGGAUGCUCACACUGCCACAACUGGUUGUGUUGGGGAACUCUAGAUAGCGCCAUAUGAAUACAGUCCUUUUUAACUUUAAACGCUUAGAUCGGCGAUACUCAACGCUGGUCCUCUAUCCAGCAUUUUAGUUGUUUCUCUGCUCCAACACACCUGAUUUUAAUCAGCAGAUGUUUAACAGGCUUAUGUGGGGCUUGAUGAGCUGCUCAGCAGGCGGUUCAACCAUUGAAUCAGGGGUGUUGGAGCAAGGAAACAACAAAAACAUGCAAAAUAGUGGUAAUUGGGAUUCAGGAUUGAGCACACCUGGUUUAGAGACACUUCUGUGUCCCAGCUUUCACUUUCGGUUCCAGAUGUGUUAAAGAACCACGACUUUUCAGUGCUUUGCAGAGUCAGCCUUAAAUGCUGUAUUUAAGCAUAUAUGCAUGGAUGUGUUUCCAUAAACUGCUGAACUUGUUUCUCAUCUUUGAAAAAAUGUAUAAAUAAUGGAGACAAGCUGUAAUUUUGUAUAAGGCUUACCCUUUAAGGCUACUAUUGGAUAAGACAUUCUCACAAUAGCCAAUCACUGUAGGGUUGCCAUAUGUAACCGUCGUUCUGUAAAUGCAUGAAAACAAUAAAGUUCAAAAAGAAAACUUUAGAGAUCCGUGUCAAGAUCUUUAUCAAGUUUUUCUAAAAUAUAGGUCAAAUAAAGCAAAGCAUGCUCCAACCCGGGGUAAACCUGAACUGCAGUAGCUGACAGGGAUAUUUAUUGCUCAGUGUGUGAUGUGUAAAGGCAGUAGAAUGAAGGUGGUUUCAAAAGAAACCACCGAAACUCAUUUCAUUGUUACAACCUCGACGCUGUUGCAGCAGUCAGAUCCAUUCUUGAGGCAGAAAGAAAAAAGAGGUCGAGGGGAAUUUGAAGUUUUGCACACAGCUGAAAAUAGCCCCAAGCUUCAGUGUUCAGGCUGUAAAAACCUAAAGAUUUCAGUUGUGAUUAAGCUAAAAAAACAGGAUUUUCACAAGCAAAGGACAUUUUUGGGGCUAAUCAGGGACUUCAAAUAUGUGAACAUGAGAAACAUUUAACAUUAUUUUGUGUUAAUUGUUGUUCAUGGGGGUCACAAAUACUUGCAUUCUCACUGUUAGCAUGUUAGGUUAUCAACCUUUUCAAAUGCUUAGGUGAUAAAUAAGUGGUGGACUGGCCAUCGAUCAGUCAAUCAACCCCGUUAGACACACAGGCCACCACGCUAACGCUGUUGCCUCAACAAAGAAGGUUAAAGUUUCCUCCGGGUAUUCCGGAUUCCUUCCCAAAAACGUGAAUGUCCGAUUACUGUCAUGUCUAGGAGUCCCCUUACCUCUCACCCAUGGACUGCUGGCAGCUCCUCGUAAGCCUACAGAGGAAAAGCGGUUGCCUCAAGACAGACAGGUUAAGAGAGAAAGAAUAAAAAAACACAAGAAUGACAAAAGAAUCCUAAACCUAACCCUAAAUCCUAUCCUUGGCUAAUGGCCAACUUUCUGCGUCUAAAUGAGGGAAAGACAGAGCUUAUUGUUUUUCACCCUAACAGCAGGGCUGUGGGUCGUUAUGUUGAUCUUGGCCCCUCUUUCUCCCAACUCAAAACCAGUUGUCACCAGUCUGGGGGUGAAAAUUGAUGCUGGACUUAAAUUUGAGGCUCACAUCAAUUCUGUGAUCCGGUCCAGUUUCUUUCACCUGAGACGCCUUGCAAAAAUCAAGCAUAUGCUGUCAAGAGCCCACCUGGAGCGGGUACUGCAUGCCUUUGUAAUUUCUCGGCUUGACUACUGCAACUCUCUCUAUGCAGGGUUGUGUCAGUCAUCACUGCGUCGCCUACAGGUUGUGCAGAACAGCGCAGCCAGGUUCCUGAUUGGAACCAGGAAACGGGACCACAUCAGUCCGGUUCUGGCCUCCCUGCACUGGCUUCCGGUUUGCUAUCAUUCACACUUCAAACUCCUCGUCUUUGUUUACAAUUUCUUCCAGGGUGGUGGUCCCCCUAUCUUGCCACACUCCUGAACAAACAUUCCCCAUCACGCGCUCUGCGCUCCUCUGACCAAGGCCUGCUCGCUGUCCCUCGGUCUAGGUGUCGUACUCGCGGGGACCGGGCUUUCUCAGUCCUAGCACCGUCUCUCUGGAACCAGUUGCCACCUUCAGUUAGGCUGUCCCCAUCUCUGCCAGUCUUUAAGAGUCGCCUAAAAACCUACCUCCUCCGCGUGGCGUACCCUGAACGUGUUUGAAUUUGGCCCUCUUUUAUGUUGAUUUUAUUUCCCUGUUUUCAUUGGUCUCUUUAUCUCUUGUUUUACUCUUUUGUCUUCUACUAGAAUGUUUUACCUUUUUUUUGUAAUAUUUGAAUUGCUUUUAUUUUCGAUUUAUUCAUCAUAUUUAACUUUUCUCAUGUACCAUGUUCAGCGCCUUGGGCUUCCCGACAGUCGCAGAGUACAGACGCUUCUCUUUUUGCUCUCUUAUCUUUUUUCCCAAGGCACUUUGUCCUGUCUGCCCACAGAGCGCUUCUCUGCAUUUCUUGUGAGAAACCCUAUUUUUUAAAAAUGGAUUUGAUAAAUUGGUCAUUCAACGCGAUUGAUAAGAUUUUUUCAACGAUGAGAACGGAGCAGGGGGCUCCCACUUGCCCGCAAGGGACGCACCUGGCGGGGUAUAUGAUGGAUUCCUGGAAAGAGUGGAAGAUCAUAUGCCUCUCCCAGCUGUCCAUUGAGGACGUCGAAGACGUGUGGAUAUUCGGCCUGAUGAUCACUGGAUUUCUUCUGAUUUGAGUGGGAGGAUAUCUGGUUUUCUGGAAAUUUGGGAAGACGGGAGCGAUUGGAGGGCGACCCGCACCCACGGAAAGCACCGUCCGUGUGGAGACUUCACAAACUGGAACGUUACUCGAGGUGAAUCACAAGCUGGACAAUGUUCUAGCUGCGAUACCGGUAUUAGUGCGCAAAAUGGAUGUCAUCUCUGAGAGGGUCACCGGACGGUAUGGACAAGUUAAAAAAACUAAAUUGGCUUCACUGAAGGACUUGAAUGAUCAGUUUAAAGACUGAAGGCAGAGAGGAAAAUUAUCUCAGCCUGACCCAAACAAAGUCUUAUCCAAAUCUGACGCCAUGGCAGCCUUGAGAUGCCAACAACAAACCCCCACGAAGGAAUGCAGACAGAUGCUGUGAAAACCCGAC